AUGAAUUUCUUUAACUCGGCAGCAUCAAUAUGCAGAAGAGUUAGCUUGAGGGAGCUAAUCACCGAGGUUCCUGCUUACGGUGGCAGUAGCAUUUCGGAUUGUCCUUCGAGCGGGUUGAGUUUUGUUUUUAAGCGUUGGGCUACAAAGAAAACCGCUGGUUCCACAAAGAACGGUCGUGACUCUAAACCCAAGAAUCUCGGGGUUAAGAAAUUCGGAGGAGAGAGUGUGAUACCGGGAAACAUAAUAGUUCGACAACGCGGAACUCGGUUUCAUCCUGGGGAUUAUGUGGGGAUAGGUAAGGAUCAUACUCUGUUUGCGUUGAAGGAAGGACGAGUGAGGUUUGAGAAAGACAAGAUAACUGGACGCAAAUGGAUUCAUGUUGAUCCAAAGAAUGGUCAUGUUCUUCACCCUAUCUACACAAAAGCUGUAGCUGCAAAUUCGACUAAGAUGGAGACAGUUUAA